GUUUUUAUACCCGGACAUUGUUAGUGUCUACCAUAUAGCCACCACAGCAAAACCCGAACCCGGAAAUAUUCGGGUCGGGUCGAAGUUGCAGAAUGAGAUUUGAUUUGCCAUACUUUUUGUCGCCUGAACGCAAAAACCUUGCUUAAACCCUAGAGAGAUAGAGAUGUUUCGGGCGGUUGGAUCGGCUCUGAAGAGGAACAAAGAAGCGUUUAAUGGAAUUGCUCGAGGAUUCACCACUUCGUCUCAUCGAGUUUUCACUUCUAACAUUACAGCUGCUUCUGUAACCUCUGCUUCGUCUUCUCCUUUAGCUGGAAACUCCUUCUAUGGCUUGCGAUCUCUGCUCAAGGGUCAAAAUGCUUCAAUGUUUAGGAGGAUGUCAACUGUAGCGUCGAUAAGCUCAGAGAGUAAAGAGGGUUUGAAGCUUCUUGUCACUGGAGGACCUCAAGCUCAGAAAUGGGUUGGAAUUUGGCUUUUUGGUUCGGCUGCUUGGGUUUUCAGCAUGGUUGUACUUGGCGGUGUAACCCGAUUAACUCGAUCUGGUUUAUCGAUGACUGAUUGGAAAUUUACUGGUGAAUUCCCUCCUCUGUCAGAUGAAGCUUGGGCUAAGGAGUUUGAGAAAUAUAAGCAGUCACCUGAAUAUAAGCGUGUGAACAAAGGGAUGAACCUUGAAGAUUUUAAGUUCAUAUAUUGGAUGGAGUAUGCUCAUCGAAUGUGGGGAAGAGGAUUGGGAAUCAUGUUUGCUUUGCCGUUUUCUUAUUUUCUGCGUAAAGGGUAUAUUACUCUACGUCUUGGAGUUCAGCUCUCUGGUUUAUUUGCGCUUGGUGCUGGACAAGGUUUCAUUGGUUGGUGGAUGGUUAAAAGUGGUUUAGAGGAGCCACCGUCUGAGUAUUCUCAACCGAGGGUAAGCCCAUACCGUCUUGCAGCUCACCUGACCUCAGCUUUUGCCAUUUAUUGUGGACUUUUCUGGACCGCUCUCUCUGUUGUUAUGCCUGAACCACCAGCUGAGUCACUGGCUUGGGUUCGCGGAGCAGCUAAAGUGAAGAAGCUUGCAUUACCAGUAAGCUUGAUUGUUGGUAUCACUGCAAUUUCAGGAGCAUUUGUUGCUGGAAAUGAUGCUGGUCGUGCAUUCAACACAUUUCCCAAAAUGGGUGACACAUGGAUCCCAGAUAAUAUAUUUGAGAUGAAACCACUUUUACGCAACUUUUUCGAGAACACAGCAACUGUUCAGCUUGAUCAUCGCCUUCUGGCAACCACAACAUUAAUCGCAAUCGGAACAAUGUGGUGGUUCACAAGGAAGCUAGACAUACAUCCAGCUGUUAAAGCUUUGAUCGGAAGUACUGUUGGAAUGACUGCUGUUCAGGUGACAUUAGGUGUAUCAACGCUUCUGAGUUAUGUUCCGGUUUCACUAGGAAGUGCACACCAAGCAGGAGCUUUAACACUUCUCACUUUGAUGCUACUUCUCAAUCACACUCUUCGGAGGCCAUCACCUUCUCUUCUCAAAUCUCUUCCACAAGUUGCUAAAUCAAAUUUCAGCUAAGCCCUCUUCACCAAAAUCUUUCCUUUUUCAUUAUUUACUAAAAAAACAAUUCUUUGGCUCACUAUGCUACUAGCAAGCUUUCAUCGAAUCUUGUGUCAAUGAUGUUGUAUGGUUCGAAAAAUAAAGUACAAAAACAAUUAACAAAAGUUUCAUAUGAAUCCCAGAACUCUGAUAACUUUCAUUGAUAGCUUCGUGUUGUUUGUUUCAUUGCCAAUAGAAAAUCAUUGGAUAAUUCUAGUUUUAGAGUCAAUAAUUUCUUAUACCAAUUUGGUUCAGUGGUAAAUUUUAGUUCGGUUUUAGUUUAGAUACGAUUCGGUUAAUUCAGUCCGGUUCAAAUCCGUAAGCCUUGUGGUUGUGGAUAAUGUUUCGAGACAGUUUUUUGGCGUUUUGGA